AAUAUGGUUUUACCAUUUCUCCAGUGCCAAAAUUCUGAUCUUCAUAAGCCCACAUUGCAACGCACAAACGACAAACAUCACACGCAAUGAACAGGUCAUGGGAUACUAGAAUGCAUUAUCUACUGGGUAUCUCUGUCAUUAAAAGUAUGAUCAUAAGCUUGUAUAGAUCAGUUCCUUCUAGAUUAUGCGCGCCUUUCGCAGCAGGGUUUGUUCGGCUAGGCGUCGUGCUUUCGCUUCUAUGCUCUUCCUUGCUUGUAUUACAGCACCUUUUUCUUGUUUUAGCUGCCUUUCUUGCUAUAAUAGGGUGAUAUUUCAGUUAUAGUACCGAAGCACGGCGCCUAGCAGAGCAAAAUCUGCUCCAAGAAGGAGAAAACCUGCUCCAAGAAGAACGCAUUUCCUACGAAGGAAUUGAU